AUGGUUCAGACAGCCAACAGCACUCAGGCCGCGAGCCGCCUGAAUACUCGGCCAGAUCUUGAAGUAUUCCUACGCCCCUUUGUGUCUCGGAAAGGCACACAGAGGCACUGUGACCACCUCGGAAAGCUGCAGCCUCUCCAGUGCGAUCCAAGAGAACGGAAGAUCGAAUCCUACGAAGUUGCCCUCUUCUUGGAAGCAACCUUCUUGGAACUCACCAUUCAUGGCUAUUGGGAGGUCGACGGACUGUCCCCGGAGGGGCUCACGUGGACCCCGAUCGUCUGCUGCGGGACCUUUGAGCUUCUGGUACAAUGCCCGCCUGGCAAACGCGUCACACUUGGAAAUUUGGACCUCGUGGUCAUGCUCGAAACGUGCCUCGAGGACGCAAACGGCGACGCGUUCAUCCGCAAGCUGACCUCGACCUCAAAAUGCUGGCCGACGGGCCACGUUGACUUCAGGUGGAUGCUGCGGGGCACGCUGGUGGCGGCAGCUCCAGCUCUGAAGAGCAGCGUCUCGGCAGCAGUGCAGCGACAAAGGUCCGUGAAGCAGUUGCUCAGCCCCGUCAAGCGGCUUCAGCUGGCCCAGUCGCCAGAGACGGGACGGACGCAUACGGUUCAACAAACGCCACCUCCUGAUGGGACUCCUGUCAGGGUUACUGCCUCACAGACCACGCCAUCUCGGAUCCGACGCUGGAAGUCUGUAAGCAAGCGGAGCCCGCCUCUUGGUGGGAUAUGUGCCUCAGAGACCUCACCAUCGCACGAGGAGCGCCGAAACUCCCUCAAGGAGCGAGCUUCUUCCCUAUUCCAGCCGAAGCGACAGUCACACGGUUCUAUCUCCUCCGCGUCGACCUCCUCAUCUUGGUAUUCCAGGAGUUCGAAUACGGAAACGUCGUGA